CACAGACCUCGUGCUCUGACAGCUUGACAUCUUUCUAUAAUUACCACUCUCCUUAUAAUCUAACUGACGCUCACACUCCUUCAAUCGCUCAAUCUCUCUGUAUAUACCUCAUACUAUGGCACAAGUAGGCAUCUCAGCCAGUACCUCUGACGUGGAGCCGCAGUGGGAAUGGGUAGGUGCACUCCAGGCCUAUAGCAGACCGCUUCUAGGGUCCGAGCUCGUUAAGGAACGAAUGCAUAUGUUCAGCGAAGGCGCUCCCGAGCCAUGCCAUGGAUUCACAUUCCAGACUACGUGCAGUUCUGCGGACCUGAUAAAACACCUCCACGACGCGAUGGGUCAUCUCAGAUUUGUCACGCCUCUGAUAGCAGCGUCUAUCGAGGAUGAUUACCAUGACUCGGAGAAGCGGGCCUGGGUCUACAGACCUCCGUCCGGCAUCCAAGAGAUAGAAGCUUGGAUUCAGCAGACGUUGCUCGUCCACGAGACCGAGACGUCCGAUGAAGAAUUCAUCGCCGCCAUCAACCAAAAACGUAUGCCGAUCAAAGAUGGUCACUUCACGAAGGUUUUCGAGUGUCAUCUACUCCUGCGCAAGUCUGGGAUCCACUCGCUGUUUAUACACGGCAGCCAUGCUCUUCUCGAUCCCCAAGCGACUCUGGCUGUGUUCCGCGAGGUCUUUGACUACAUCUCUCAUCCGACAUCAUCCCCCUCCGCUAUCGCCGACCUACCCUGGGGUGAGGAAUGGCGCAAUUUGCCUGCAGGCCCUAUAACAUCCGCGGGAGGGAUACGCGAUGGUGCUGACGUAGCAGUGCCGUCAUUACUUCAAGAGGUUCGGAGAAUAGUAACGCGGGAUAAGCCUUCAGAGGCACUGCAAGCUCAAAGAGCCGAGAUUCGUCAACAGGGUCUGCCUAUACGGACGCACGGCGUCAUACCCGCGGCCAAGUUCGAAGCCCUCAAGGCCGCCCUCAAGCGAUUGGAUUUAUCACUGACAGUCCUCCUGGAAGCGGCCUUCGUGCUGACGACCUUUGCCAACAACGCUCGGCAGGGAACCCUCUCCGAAGACGCGAAUGUUCUUUUAGAUAUGACUAUGAUCCCCCUCAAUCCUCUAUUCAUUGGACCUCAUAAUCCGCGCGUACGCGUGGGAGCGAGCUUGGCCUACGCUCCCCUCGCCAUCGACUUCAGAGACGUCCCAAAGGACGCUGUGUCUAGGGAGGCUUUGAUCUCCGUCAUGCAAAGUUUGCAGGCCCAGUAUAGGAGAUGGCUCGCGAGUCCGCACCUCCCCUUCCUGUCGUACCAGAUGAUGUUCCCCUCGAGCCCGAACCCCUCUGCCAUCGUCGUGGCGGAUAUGGGGGUGAUCGAAGAUCAUGUACCUUCACAGUGGCCAAGGGAAGCGAAGAAACCUACUCUCGAACUGCUCGAUAUGACGUUGGGGCAUCGUCUGUCAGCGUUCACCCGGCCUGUUUGCCAUGCCUGGUCUCUAAAUAACGAAUUGCACGUCCAAAUCGCGGCGAGCGACAUAUGGGACAAGAAGGUCUUGGUAAAUUUCUUGCACGAGUCACUAGACCUGGCACUCCUUCUGUCCCAGGACAUCGCACCGAUCCCCAAGCAGGUACAUGCGAGGCGUGUCCCUGCUCAAAGCUGCGCCACGGAGCCGGUUCAUGAGCCUCGUCCUGGUUUUGUGGGCAACUGGGGAAGACGAAUGGCUCGGCUCCUCGGGAUAACUCGGAUAGCCUGA